GAGACCGCUCGACCGCCCACGCCCGGCGGCGGCCUUGCCACGCCCGCCCGCCCGCCCGCCCGGCUCCCCUCGGCCUUGGGCUCCCCUGAGGCCUCCUCGCGGGCCAAGCUGCUUCCCUGGUGGGCGGUGCCCGGGCCUUCCGGGGGGAGGGCAGCGGGAUGCGCUUUCCGGGGAGGGGCCCCGGGCAAGAUGGCGGCGGUGGUGCGGAUCCAGAGCGACUGGGACCAGGUGCUGAGGUGGGCGAGAGGGCCUCCCCGCGCCUGCUGCCGCCGCCUCCUCCUCACGGCCACGGUGGCGGCACCCCCGUUUUCAGUGCCCCCCUCAACCUCUGCUCCCCCAUGACCCCUCGACCCCAUUUUCAGUGCCCCCUCAAACUUACCUCGUCCUCUUCCCCCUCAUUUCAGUCCCUCCUCACACUUGCCUCUUCUCCCUUCCUCGCCCCCAAUUUUCCGUGCCCCCCUCAAACUUGGCUUUUUCCCUCCCUUGCCCCUCCAUUUUCAAUGCUCCCUCAAACUGUCUCUCUCUUCUUCCCCCUUGACCCCCAUUUCAGUGCCAUCCUCAAUUUAUUAACUUGUCUCUUCUCCCCCCUCCUUAACCCCUCAUUUUCAAUGCCCCUUCAAACUGUCUCUCUCUUCUUCCCCCUUGACCCCCAUUUCAGGUGCCCCCUCAAACUUGGCUUUCCCCUCCCUCCAAUUUCAACGCCCCCUCAAACAUUUCUCUCUUGUUCCCUCUUGACAACCCCCAUUACAAUUCCCCCCUCAAACUUGGCUUUUUUCCUCCCUUGCCCCUCCAUUUUCAAUGCUCCCUCAAACUGUCUCUCUCUUCUUCCCCCUUGACCCCCAUUUCAGUGCCAUCCUCCAUUUAUUAACUUGUCUCUUCUCCCCCCUCCUUACCCCUCCAUUUUCAGUGCUCCCUCAAACUGUCUCUCUCUUCUUCCCCCUUGACACCCAUUUCAGUGCCUCCCUCAAACUUGUCUCUUCUCCCCCCUUGUCCCUCAUUUUCAGUGACCCCCUCAAACUUGCCUUUUCCCUCCCCCCAUUUUCAAUGCCCCCUCAAACAUGUCUCUCUUCUUCCCCCUUGAUCCCCAUUUCAGUGCCCCCCUCAAACUUGUCUCUUCCCCGCCUCCUUGUCCCCCAUUUUCAGUGCCCCCUCAGAUACAUCGCUUACCCCCCCCUUGAACUUUCACUUGUUUUUCAGCCCCCUUCACAUCACCUGCUGCUGGUGGUCCUUUCAGCAGUCAUUCUCCCCACCUCAAAGUAGGGCAGACCAUUCAUGGGGCUCCAGGAGUUGAGUUUCCAUCUUGGGCUCACCUUUUUGAGUCAAGCACAAAGGAAUCUGCCUGCCUGCCUUCGCCAUCCUUUUCCCCCCACCCCUUGAGGUUUUGUUUUUUCCUUCCAGAAGGGUUGCCUGCUUUGACUUGAAAGGUUUUGCCCAUUUUCUUUCACUGCCCUCUCCUUGGAUAUGGUGCCAAGGUCCUCCCAUAGUCUGCCCUCCACCACCUGUCAUUUGCAACCUCCCUUCUCCCACCCCACAUCAAAUUUUGGUGUUUUUUUGUCCCUUAAAUGCUCUCCAGUUCCCCCAAAUACUUCAGCCUGCACUAAUAAUGAUAAAGAAGUGGUCCCUCCAACCCCUUUAGCCUUGAAUGAACUCAAUAGCUGCUCCUUUCCAAACCUUCAUCUACUUCAGUUUCAUUAAUGUAUAACCCCAAAAUUUUGCAAAUGGAUGCCAAUGUUUUGUGCUCAUUUUGGUCUUGUGCUUCCCCACAAACUGAGUAAUUGACACAGGAAACAGGUUGCAAGUUAACACCCCCAAAUCCAACGUCCUCUGAUCCCCUCCAAACUGAUGCCAAGUGAGUAUCAGAUCCUUCAUGCUAGGGAUAGCCAACAUGGUACCUUCUGAUGUCGUUGGAUCACAACUUCCCUCAGCCCUAGCUAGCAAAGUCAGUGGUACAGGAUGAUGGGAGAUGUAGCCUAGCAACAUUUGGAGGGCACCACGUUGGCUGUCCCUGCUUUAUGCUAACUGGAGUUUCUCAUCUUUGCAGGAAGAAUGAGGAGCAGGCUUGGCUAAGCUGCAGCAGCCCAGGUGAACAAGAAGAGUCCUCUGUCCCUUUUGUGGUGAUAAUGUACAGUUCCAUUCUCUUUGUGUCCAACCAGCUCUCUCUCCACACUUUAGCUUAAGCACCAAGCUCUGAAAUUCUGCCAAUAUUCAGAGUUAGAGAGGCUUGGCUUUUCCACCAGCUAAUGCCAUUUGUGAAGCAGAAAUAACAAAUUUAUUUUUUAAACAAGCCAAAAUCAGUUUUAGAUGAAAGUACUACGGACAAAAAACUUCAGAAUUAUAAGCCAUUGGUACUUGGUGAACUAGUGUGUUAAGACUAUAACAAACCUCGUUUUCUGAUUUUCUCUUAUUUGAUUACUGUUUAUUUAUGUUAGUUUGCGACAAGUGGGAGUCGAAUAAUAAACCUGACAGAGAACUGUUUGUGAAUCAUUAACUAAAAGUGGAUCACAUUUGUCUCUAGCUAGAGGAACUAAUGUUGAAGGUCUCCAUUAAAAAUAAAACCUAAAUAGAUAAGGAUGGCUUUAUAAAGUACUGUCUAAAGUAUUUAACACCUUUUAAGUCUUUCGUUUGUGUUUUUUGCAUGCUGUAGGAAAACCUACUUUGUAUGGUAAGCUGACUUGUCAGGGGGUGAGCUCAGAUGGAAUUCCUGAAGUUGUAGCCUCUGAAGGAUUUGUUGUCAGUGAAAUAACUAAGGUACGGUCACUUCCGUCUAUGGGGUUGAAGGGCAAACUAGUGGCUCGUAGCAAGAACUAAGAUAACUCUAUGGUUUUCUAUGUCAGAUUUAUAAUCUGAACUUGAUCUGGAUUAAAUUGAGGUGGGGGGAUACGGGAUGUUAUUUUGACAAGUAUGGUGUCCUGUGCAGAUUACACAAAACAUACAUCCAUGAGCAGCACUGAAUUCACAAGAAACUGCUAUGUGAAAGUGCCCUCUGUCAUAACUGCAUUUUUUUAUUUGUUGGAUUUAUAUUGUGCCUUCUGACUGUCACAGCCCCAAUUCAGAUUACUGUAUUAUAUUUUAUGGGUUUGGGCUUCUACUGGAGGAAUAAAAUGCUCUCUGAUGGCCUUAGAGCAACUUAGAGCUCAUUUUCUUAAACAUUAAUAUUUCCCCCCCUUGGGGCUCACAGUAUAAGGCAACGCUCAAAAUUACUCGUUACUGCAAUGAUUUAUUUCAUCUCUAUGAUAUUUAAUAGAAACAUCCAAAGCAAUUGUGGCUACCUGCUUUAUUGUCUGGAGUUUCCACCAUAUUAGUUAUUGGGUUUUGUGAUGAUGGGUCAUAAUCAGCUGCCAGUAAAUGUUAUCUUCUCCUUUCUGGUCUACCUACUCCAGAAAAGUCUGCUUGUUUCCUGCCCUCGUGAAAAUGCCUCCACCAAAUUUCUGGCGCCCUACACAACCUUCUGUAGAAUCCAUCAAAAAAGCGUAAGUAUUUUUACAAAGUGGUUUUUCAUAAGAUGACUUUAAAUGAUGAUGCAGCUUCAGUUAAUUAAAUGAGUUGCAGUGUUCUUCGAUAACUUGUCAGUGCUGGGCAUAUGUGCUGUGGAAGCUUGCCACAGAAAACAGCUGUACACCACACUACAUACACACACUAGUUACAGAUGGUACAAGAAGUCUUCUCUCUCUCAGCCCAGAGAGGAUUCUUUGCUUCAAAGUCCUUGCUGUGUUAAAUUCCACAGCCAAGCUCCAAGUUCAGUUUCUUUGAAGUCCUGCAACUCUUCACAAAGUCUUCAGGCUUUCCCACAGUUCCAAUUCCUCUUCUUCAGACUGUUUCACAAUGUCUCACACCAAUUAUCUAUCCGACCACACCAAAUGCUAAACUCCCAUGUACAAACUUGUCUACAUGCUACACAGGUAGGUAUGUUCUUCUGUCAGAUGAGUGACAGCAGAAAUUCAAAGUCAUCUAGGGAAAGAGGUGGUCAAGGCUGGGGAGGACAUGUCAAGUGCCAGGGGGGCAGGGGGACUGAGAUUUUGUGGCAUCAUUUGCUCCUAAAGGAGCGUCUCCACCCCCAUCGUUCAGCCCGGACACUGAGGUCCAGCUCUGAGGGCCUUCUGGUGGUUCCCUCCCUGCGAGAAGUGAGGUUACAGGGAACCAGGCAGAGGGCCUUCUCGGUGGUGGCAUCUGCCCUGUGGAAUGCCCUCCCAUCAGAUGUCAAGGAAAUAAACAACUAUCUGACUUUUAGAAGACUUCUAAAGGCAGCCAUGUUUAGGGCAGUUUUUAAUGUUUGAUGCUGUAUUGUGUUUUUAAUAUUUUGUUGGGAGCUGCCCAGAGUGGCUGGGAAAACCCAGCCAGAUAGGCGGGGUAUAAAUAAUAAGUUAUUAUUAAUUUAUUAUUAAUAAUAAUAAUAAUAAUAAUAAUAAUAAUAAUAUUCCCUAUAAGCCCAUGUAAGUUCAAAAUGGUUUUUGCCUGCUAUUUUAUGCACAGUUGUAUAUCAUCUGUAUUAGAGGUACUCAAAAACCUGGCAACCAUUUUUGAUUGUUUAACUAUUUGAUUUGAUCUUUUAUAUGUCUCCUUGAAUAGCCUGUGUUUUACAAAUUGGCAGUUUAAUUAUAUGGAAUAGAGAUUUCUCAAUAAACUCAUUAGCCUAUACAUCGUAAUACAUUAGUAAUACAUGGACUGAACUGUAUAACAUGCCAGUGCCCAUGCCAGUGCCCAUCAAUAUUUCACUUUUCUAGAUUGUGGUUAUUUAUUCAUUUUCUCUUCCUCUCCAUCUUAGAUUACUUGCCUUGACAUUUCUAGUGGCGGAGGUCUUGGAGUAUCAGCCAGUGCUGGUGGAGCUAUGAAAAUUUGGCAGGCUGCUAAUGGAGAAAUAAGAGUAAGACCAGUAUUGAGGUUGAAAUUUGCCUUUAAGAAACCUGCAGUCUAAAUCCUUGAAUGUUGAACUAAUCCCUGCCCCCCUCAAACUGCUGUUCAAACUCUAGAGUUUUAAUAGUCGUUUGAUAUCAUUGGGGGAGAGAGAGAAACAACACGAUAAAUCUUAAGUGCAUGUGCAUACCUGCAAGUGCACCUGUGGAUCGUGGCAAGGAAGUUGUUUCUGAUAUUUAACCUAACCCUCCUUUCCUGUAAUGUAUUAUUGCUGCAUGUUCUGUCUUCUCAGUGGGUAGAGAAAUCCAUUUCCCCCCUACUUCUUUCCAUAAAGGAAUUGGAAUCUGGUCUCCUUACCAUGUUGAGGAUCAUCUGACUUCCAUGUCACAACACUCUGACAGGAUAAAAAUCAGUUCAGGAAGUCAACUAUUAUCUUACUUCUGAUCCACCCCCUUCCGCCUGACUGCUUUCUGUAUAAUGAGUUUACUAACAGUGGCCCAACUCUCACUGUGAUGCUAACCCUAUGUCUGGACUACAGUUUCAGGUAGCAGGUAGAGUCUCACAAAGAGAAAUAUAUUGGGGGAAAGGCUAGACUAUGAAACUUCUUUCUGACAUGCUAGUUGAUGUAGGUUUUUGUUUUGUUUUUUUUAAAUCAAGAUCCCACCUGCCGUCUUAAGUUGAUGCAAGUUUAGCAUCUUAGUGAGAAACAUAGCUGUCAACUUUUCCCUUUUCUUGCGAGGAAUCCUAUUCGGAAUAAGGGAAUUUCCCUUAAAAAAAUGGGAAACGUUGACAGCUAUGGUGAGAAAUAGGUCUGCUGUGACCUGGAAAUCUCAGGCAUAUGUGUACCUUGUUUGGGCAGCUGGCCUAGAUUUAAUUACCCUUGAUUAUGGUUUUAGGAUACUUCCAGAACCUCAGCGUUAUAAUCUCUGCAAAGAAACAAAAUAGAUGAUGACAAUCUAGGAUGCAGUGAUGUCAUGGAGGCCGUGUAGCCAGCCAGUGUGCUUGGCAAAUAAGAUGGCUGUUGCUAAGUAACAAGGCAGAGGAUGAGAUGAGGCUUUUAACUAGCUUUCAAUUCUUUUGUCUUCCCAGAGAUGUCUGGAAGGCCACGUCUACGAUGUGAAUUGCUGCAGAUUUUUCCCGUCAGGCAUUGUGGUCCUGAGUGGGGGGAUGGAUGCCCGGCUAAAGAUCUGGUCUGCGGAAGAUGCCAAAUGCGUGGUAACAUUUCAGGGUCACAGAGCAGGUACAGGAAAUUGGCAACUGAAAUAAAUGCAGUUGUAAUAGCAGCUGAAGUUGAGUUAAGCUCCAGGCUGGAGAAAAAGGCCGGUGUUUCUCUUUUGUGGCUGGGCUGAUAAGGUGUUCUGAGCACCUCUACAGCUCACCACCUAAACGAACUUGGAGGACAAGGGCAGUUGUACCUGGUAGCUGCGGCAUUCCAAAGCUCAGUGCAACUAUAAAGAUGGCUCCCACCCUACUCUCCAGUUCCAGACUUUGAGGGGAGGAAGUCAGCAUGGGAUGGUCCCUGCCCCUCGCGCAUAUGCACAGUGUGAGGUCAGGGAUAAAGGCACUGGCAGGACCCUGGUGAAUACAAGCUAGCUGUCAGCCAAAAACUCCUGAUCAUCUGUCCUGAAAAGCUCAAAGUUACAGAUUGCCAAAAUUAUUCAAAUUCAUCUUACGUACACAGUUAUCAGAGCCAGCUGUCUCUUGCUGGAGAGAUUUACCACAGCAGAAUUGAGCAGAUACAAGAAUUUGUAGGAUUGGAUUUCUUUUGUUUUAUACGCAAAUGUAUCAGCAGCUAUGGACAGCUGCGUCUAUUAGAAUUAAUGGUGUUAUUGGAAAAGAGUGAAUGCUCUUCCUUGCUCGUUUCACAAAGGCACUUUGUUGGCCACUGUAGGAAUAGGAUGCUGGACUAGUUGGGCCAUUGGCCUGAUCCAGCAGGCCUCCUCUUACGAUCUUAUGUUCACUUGUAAUCAUUUGCUCUUGACCUAUUAUAGCUAAGUGCUAACACAGUAUGGAAUUUUGCAAUUGCACAACAACAACAACAAAAUACAUUUGAGGCCCCAGAUAUCUGAGAUUAGACUGGAUUUUCAUCUGAACUAGGCUCACAUCCACACCAUACAUUGAAAGCACAUGGCUUCCACCUAAGUAUCUUGAGAACUGUACCUUACCCCUCACAGAGCUACAAUUCCCAGCACCCUUAACAAACUGCAGUUCCCAGGAUUCUUUGGGGGAAGCCACAUGUUUGAAAUGUAUAGUGUGGUUGUCACCUAGAUGAGCUGGCAAAUCUUCAACCUUCUCUUUGGUUCUCUGAGGUUGUCUUAGCUGCUGACUCCUUUCUUUUUCCUUGUGGUGUGCUUUGGUCAGAAUUAUGGCGGGGGAUGGUGGAAUUGUGUCAGAGAGCGUGGAUAGACUUCUUUUCGCUUUCCCACGAGCGUUUCCUUUGCCGUCCUGCAGGAAUUCUGGACACAGCCAUUGUGGAUCGGGGAAGAAACGUGGUCUCAGGCUCUCGGGAUGGCACUGCCCGCCUCUGGGACUGCGGGACAUCGUCCUGCCUGGGUGUUGUCGCAGAUUGCGGCUCUCCAGUCAAUGGUGUCGCUUUGGGUGAGGCCGACAACACCUUAAACUUGGGCUCUCCUGAAAAAAUACCCAGUAAGUUAACAACAUUAAGCAAGUGUUCUCUUCUUUUUUUAAAAAAAAAAAAAGCAGAGGCACGUUUUUAUGGUCAUAAAGUCAUGCCAAAAAGUUGCACACCUGAAAAUAACUCCAGGUUUUAUUUUGGCUGUAAUUCAUUGCUGGGAGAGUGGAGGAUGUUUUGUAUUGGCUGAUUAGGCAGGGCCAGACCAGCAGGGGAGGAGCUAUAGCCAUGUGCCACUGACCUUUGAGCACAGGAGAACCCAGGUUCGGUUCAUGGGUGCUUAGUCCUGCAUUGGCCAUGUUUACAAUAUUGGGCUCAGUCAGACUUUCCCAACCUGGUGCUCUCUCUCCAGCUGUUUUGGACUACAGUUCCGACCAGCCCCAGCCAGCACGGCCAUGCGAGCUGCGGCUUAAGGAGGUUGGUAGUUCAAUAACAUCUAGAGCAGGCACGUCCAACUCACAAGAGACUGCAAUCUACUCCCAGUAUAAAAAUUAUGGAAGUGAUCUUCCAUGAAGGGGUGGGGGGAUGGGAUGCCAAAGUUGUUGACCUUUUAGGGAGGGAGCAAUCCAAAGUUGUUGAUUUUUUUUAGGAGAGGAAAAUUGCUCACCUAAAAAAGCGAUGCAGUGCUGACAGAUACUUUAAUUUUCUAACCCAUUUGACGCGUCGGACUAACACAGUGGCAGAGCAGGGGGGCGGAGAAUUCCCUUGCAUUGCUUUUCACUUCCGCCAAUAGAGAGGGAUCGACCGAUUAAACAUCCCGGAUCUAGAGGGCUCCAGAUCUGGGGGAAAGGUGGUAGACCAGCCCUCUAGCUCAGUAUAACGGAGUUUCAUAUGACAAGUGUAAUAAUUAAAAUGUAUUAAAGAUAAGGCAGAAAGGUAACAUUGAUGCUGACCUGUUAACUUUUUAUGGAGAGGUUUGUGGUCCAACUUUGUUUAAAAAUAAAGCCUUUAUAUUCAAUCAAACAAAGUUUGAAAAAGCAUACUGAGAGCAAGGACAACCGUACGCACACCUAUGUAUGCACUCACUCAUUCCUUCUCACUCCCUACCGUUCAAAAAAAUAUGUUGUCAAUCUUUGACCAUAGCAUCUGGGCAUAAACACACUGCGCUUAGUGAGCAGAACUGAAGGGACAAAUUCAACUCACUAGGUUUGGUCAUUCACGUGUCUGUCUGUUCCAAAUAUAUAAAAAGCAGAGUGUUGCUUCGGGAACAUUUCUCCUAGUUUGGCUCACUUCCGGCAAUGUGGAGCAGGGAUUAGGGAGGUUCUGAAUCUGGGAUGGCAGGGAAGUAAAAUAGGUGAGGGUCCCUAUAUAAAAAUCAACCAUGUAAGACGCAAACAUGGCUGCUCCCAUCACCCCUAGUUUGGCCAUGAUUCUGGCCUUUAACAAACGACAAGGUGAGCAGCUGCUAACCCUAACCAUGUUUCUUUCCAACACAGGUGAGCGUGAAAUCGGAACAGAAGGGAAACUCCUGCUGUUGGCUCGAGAGGACAAAAAGCUGCAAGGGGUGGGGUUGCAUAGCAGGCAGCCAGUAAGAUAUCACCAUCACCAUGACCAUGUUUAAUGUUGCCUUUUCUGCUGUUAUCUGUUUUGAGCCUAUCGGCCGACACACAAUGCAACAACCCAGCCAGCAAAGCUGACGGGGAAGAUUCGGAAUCGCUGUGAUGAUUUGUUCCAAAAGGACUGAGGCAAAUUUAUACUCUAUAUGAAAGAAAAUUGCAAACAGUUGAAUACGUUUGUAGGUUUAAGUUGAAAUGUUUGGUAAUGGGAAAUUAAGGAGCUGAUUUACUUAUAAGUAGGUGAUUGUUAAAAGUUCGAUUCAGGGUAAAAAAGUGAAUUUAGGAUUAUGGAGAAAUUGGUAAUGAGAUAUGGAAGUCUGCUAGAGGGAAGGAAGGAGGUCGAUGCUUUAUUUAAGCAAUGUCUUAAGUCAUGAAUUAUUAUUUUUUGAUAUUGAAAUGUAAUAAAAUAUGAAAAACUUAAUAAAAAUUAUAUUUUUUUAAAAAUGCAACAACCCAGCCAGAUCUACCUCUGGUCAGGCCAGUUAGGAACAUGCUUUUUUCAACAGAAAUUUAAAGUGCCAUUUUUCCUAGCUGCGCGCGCGCUCUCUCUCUCUCUCUCUUUCUUUCUCUCUCUUUCUUUCAGAGUAGCAUCGCAAUAUCCUUUUCAUUCCCUCUUGCUUGUUUCCUCCUCAGGUUUUUCUGUUUGUUGGCUCGGAUGCAUUUAAUUGCUGCACGUUCCUCUCCAACAUCUACCUCCUUGGCGGCACGCAAGAUGGAAAUAUAUACCAGCUGGAUGUGCGAAACACCAAGUGAGUAGAAUUGAAGGGCAGCUGUUAAUGUGGCCUCAGGAGCAUUGUUGCUGCUUCCCAUGUUGCUCCAAUUAUGCAUGUCACUGGGGAAGGGCUGUAAGCUCAGUGGCAGAGCCUCUACCGAAAGCCCUGGGUUCAAUUCUCAGUGGCAUCUCCAGGUAAGAGUAGGAGAGACUCCCUGCUUGAAACCCUGGAAAGCCCCUGCCAGUCAGUGUAAGCAAUAUAGAGCCAGCUGGACCCGUGAUCUGGCUCUGAUUCAAGGCAGCUUCUUAUGCUCCCUAUACAACAUGGCCCAGUUUAUUUGUCUCUUUAAGAAGAAUUCUGGCAAACUUGUUAUAACAUGAGCAACUCUUUGUGAUAAAGGUUCCUGCUGCUCUCUCUAGGGCUCCAGUUCGUGUUGUCCACAGAUCAGGAGCACCAGUUCUUUCUCUGCUCCCUUUUAGAGAUGGAUUUAUUGCCAGCCAAGGUAGCGUUCCUCUUUUCUUUCACCUACUGAGUUAGCAUCUGCCUUGUCUUGGGAGACAAUGGAGGAGGGUGCUUUGGGGGGGGGGGAUGAAGUCAAAUUGUUGGAACCAUUAACAGACCCUCCUGAAUUUCUUGCACCGUGAAUUCUCAGCUGUUAAGAAUAAGUCACUACAGUCAAACCUCUGUUCCUGAACAGCUCCAUUUGGAACGUUUUGGCUCCUGAACACUGAAAACCCAGAAGUAAAUGUUCCGGUUUUCAAACGUUUUUUGGAAGCCAAAUGGCUUCCAGAGAGCUUUCUUCUUUUUUUUACAUUGACUUUGCCAACCGCCCUUCGAUCCUCGGUUGUCGAACGUUUCGGAACUGUCUUCCGGAAUGGAUUACAUUCGACAACCGAGGUUUGAGUGUAUUCUCCAUGGACAAAAAGCCUUACAGCACUGCACUUGAGGAUCCAGCAGGUUUCUCACAUUUGAUUUCUCAGUAUCUUGCUCCGGCGGGUAGGCAUCAUGAUGACAUUGGUAUGUAGAAUGUGAAGGCUUGCUACGUAAACUGCAGUUUCUUGUCUUUCACGUGUUCUGCAUCUCUUUCCAGGUGAUGGAACCUGCUUUAUUAUGCAACAAGAUCUGGACCAUGUGGCUGAGCUCACUGGGCCAGACUGUGACCCCGUAUACAAGGUACCGUACAAGGGGAAAUGCCCAUCUUGGUCUUGGUCUCGGCAAAGGGAGUUUCUGCCUAGAGAAAUCACGGAAAUCGCUGCUGAACUCCAGGGAAAAAGGGAAAUAGGAAAACUCGGGGAAUAAAAUUAUGAUAAAAUAUUUAACUAUCUAUUAUUUUAUCAUACACGCUCAUUCAUAGAAUCUCAGAAUCAUAGAAUUCGUACCGUUGGGAGAGACCUGAGAGCCAUCCAGUCCAAACCCCUGCAGUGCAGGAUUCUCAGAUCAUACAUGACAGAUGGCCAAGCCUUAUGAGAAAUGGUUGAAGGUGCUGAGUAUGUUUAGCCUGGAAAAGAGGAGACUGAGAGGAGAUAAGAUAGCCAUUUUCAAAUAUCUCAAGGGCUGUCAUGUGGAAGAUGGAGCAAGCUUGUUUUCUCCUGCUCUGGGGGGUAGGACUCGAACCCACGGCUUCAAGUUAAAAGAAAGAAGAUUCCGACUAAACAUAUGGAAAAACUUCCUGACAGUAAGAGCUGUUUGACAGCCUAACAGUCACUUUCAAGAGGCUGUUGACUCUCCUUCCUCGAAGGUUUUAAUGCAGAGUUUCAAUGCCUGUCUGCCAGGGAUUCUUCAGCUGAGAUUCCUGCAUUGCAGGGGAUUGGACUAGAUGACCGUUGGGAUCCCUUCCAACUGUACAAUUCUAUGAUUCUGUGACCUUCUAGCUUCUGCCAAAAAACUUCCAGUGAAGGAGAAUCCACAAGCUCUCAUGGGAGUCUGUUCCACUGUUAAACAGCUCUUACCGUUAGAAAGUUAUCACACACUAUUCUUAGUAACUAUUUGAAUAGUAAGGUAGGCCGAUGUUACUAGGCCCAUAUUGUAGAGCACUUCUGAGAUGGUAAUGUUCCCGACGCCCUAAGUUCAGGAGAGACUCCUGCUUUACCUUCUGACACAAAACACCACUAAAUUAGAGUUGUAUAAGUUUGCCUCUUACACAGCAGAAAGGCAGCAAUCGAGGGUAUAUAACUUAGUUAAGGGGAGGCGCCAGUUAUGGAAUCUUCCCCCAGAAAGGGAUGCACCUAAUCAAAGAAUGUGAUUGUAACAGAAAGCUACUGUCCAUUGUGGUCAUAUAACAGCAGUCCUGAGAGAUCUGCAUUGGCUCCCAAUACGUUUCCAAGCACAGUUCAAAGGGUGCUGACCUUGAAAGCCCUAAACGGCCUCGGUCCAGUAAACCUGAAGGAGCGUCUCCACCUCCAUCGUUCAGCCCAGACACGGAGGUCCAGCUCCGAGGGUCUUCUGGCAGUUCCCUCCCUGCGAGAUGUGAGGUUACAGGGAACCAGGCAGUGGGCCUUCUCGGUAGUGGCGCCUGCCCUGUGGAACGCCCUCCCACCAGAUAUCAAGGCAAUAAGCAACUAUCUUACUUUUAAAAAUAUAUUUAAAAAAUAAAUAAAUUGUCCAGUAGCACCUUAGAUACCAACUAAGUUUGUUCUUGGUAUGAACUUUCGUGUCCUAAGGUGCUCUAAGAUGCUACUGGACAAUUUAUUUAUUUAUCUGAUAUAUUUCUACUACGUCAGACCAACACAACUGCCUACCUGAAUCCUACUUUUAAAAGACAUGUGAAGGCAGCCCUGUCUAGAGAUGUUUUUAAUGUUUAAUGGUAUGUUGUGUUUUUAAAAUUCGGUUGGUAGCCGUCCAGAGUGGCUGGGGAAAUAUAAUAAUAAUAAUAAUAAUAAUAAUAAUAAUAAUAAUAGAAAUAUGUGUGGCCAGUUCAGAGGAAUUACUGUAAUUUAACGUAAGUGUUGUUAAGUGUCCUUUGAUAGCAUGUAUUCUAUUCCAAGUACACAAAGAGAUCUUUGCCACCGGUAGGAACUCACACCUGUUCUUUCUGAACAGUGCAGAAAUAUGGCACUGCACCCUCCAUUUUCCAGUAUCAUUUCAUGACUGUUUCUUAACACCCUGUAGCUGACCAUUUUUUUCCUUAACACCAGGGGAAUUUUCUCUCCCCACCCUCCGUAAUUCCCUCCCUUAUGGUAAGAUGGGGUUCUUCUCCUUUUCAUUCAAUAUACCACCCUUUAUCAAAAGAUCCCAGGGCAGUGCACAAUUAAAAACGCUUUACAGAACAUCAAUGAUAAAAAUAUAAUAAAAAGCAUGCUGACGGACAGCCUAAUAACUGGAAAACAAGGCAGCCGUCCCUGCCUUAUUCUUUCUAAAGCAUUGAUUGAAUGUUGACAGCAUACAGGGCACAAUCUAACACAUUUUUUGGCAGUCAUAUUCACCUGGGACUGGAAUAAUAAAAAAGGAAAUGGUUUUAGGUGAGUGUAAAAGACCGAGAAAGCAAUUAAACCUCCUUAACGCAAUACACAUUAGAGCAGGUAAGAUGAAACUUCCCAGUCCCUUGCAUUGUAAAACAAAAAGCCCUAUAACAUACAUGAAAAAUAUAUAUACAGAUCAUAGCAUGGGAAGGUUAAGGAAUGAACUAAUCCAGCUUCUUACUUGAUUGUAAUAAUACCACCUCUGAAACCUCUUUUGUUACCAUCUUUUUAGGUGGCCACAUGGGAAAAACAGGUGUACACGUGUUGCAGAGACGGAAUAGUGAGGAGAUACCAGCUUUCAGACCUCUGACUUUACGAAAGCCAUGAACACUGCGCUAUGAAUGCUGGACGCACUUCAGGGAUUACUUAAAACACGCAUUUGAAACAAGUCAUAUAUCCGUGUCCCCCGUUUCCAGGACUUUGUACGGUAGCGUGAAUGGAGCACGCAGGCGUGAGAUGUAGGGACCACGUUGAGACAGCAGCCAAGGCCAGGCUGUAGGUAACCUUCCUGCCGAGCGAUGUGAACACGGCAGCUCUGAAAGUUUAACGCCGUUUCCCUGCACCGAACAGCACGGAAAGUUUGUUGGGUCGAUUGUGCCCUGUUUGUGUUUGCAAAAGUGUUUUUGAUAUCCACUGUGUGGCUGGUGGUUGUUCCUAAGUGAGGGGAAAGGAGCUGAUGAGAGCGAGGAAAAGGGAGGCCAGCAGAUGUCAGUAGAAAGGGGUGUGUUGCUCAGGCUCGCUUGCUUGUCUUGAGCUGCAAACUGCAGCAACCUUUUGUUUCCGUCUCAUGCCCUCCUUCCAGAAUUACUCCUCUGUGGCAAUUCUCACUGCCCACCAGCAAGCAGGCUGCUAGUUGUAAGUUUCCAUCUUCAAAUAAAGCUGCUUUGAUCUCAAGCUGUUUGCCCAAUUAAGUUGAUUCUCUCGGGAGCAGCCCUCAUUGAUUUUCUUUUUAAUCCUCUUCUCUUACCGUUCUUCGCUUGCCAUUCAUCUUUGAUUCCCAGCAACCAAUUGCGGAGGGUUAUUUUUUGUCAUUUGAAGCUCUCACCAGGCUUCCUUUCAUCUUUGACAAGAUGAAAUUAGGGUUUAGCUCUCUCAUCUGACCUCAUAACACGGAGCGCAAAAAUUACUUUUCAGGAGCUACGCAGGAAGAGCAGCUUGUGGGGUCUGCUGCAGUCUGGUGGGACUGAAACACUCUGUUUUCACUAAACUAUGUUUAUACCCUGCCCUAUUCAAAAGACAAGAGUCGAUAACAAAAUAAAAAGACACAACAUAGUUAAUUCAAAUG